AUGGGGGGCUCCAGCUCCAAACCCAGUAGUGCCACAUCCAGCCAGGUUUCCAACGUGCGCGACGAGCUGAGGGACCUAAUAGAGGUGACCAAGAGAGACCUGGAGAAUCAAAUGGAGGUGACCAAGAGAGACCUCAGGAAUCAAUUGGGGGAGGAGAUGGCCAAGGCUGCUCGGAUGGUCUCAGGCCAGGCCUCCACGCAAGGAAUGCUGAUACGGGAGUUGGAAUACAAAGCCGCCGAGCUAUCAAGCCACAAGCGUCAACUGGCCAGGCAACUGGAGGAUACAAGGAAAGCCGCCGACGUUUACCAAGAAGAAGCGGAGAAGAGAGUUAGGGCCAAGAUGGAGGAGCUCGAGAACACGAGGAAGGCAGCUCUGGCGUUCAUGGACGCUGCAGAUGCGUACCAAGAGGCAGCAGAGAAGCAGAUUAAGGAGAAGGCAGAGGAAUUGGAGGACACGAGGAAGGCGGCUCUUGUGUUCAUGGAUGCUGCAGAUGCAUACCAAGAAGUAGCAGAGAAGAAGAUCAAGGAGAAGGCGGAGGAAUUGGAGGACACGAGGAAGGCAGCAAUGGUGUUCAUGGAUGCUGCAGAUGUGUACCAAGAAGCAGCAGAGAAGCAAGCUAAGGAGAAGGCGGAGGAAUUGGAGGACACGAGGAAGGCGGCUCUUGUGUUCAUGGACAUUAUUGCCGACAUGUACCAACAUGGACACGAGGAAAAUGUGGAGGUGCUCGGGGACCAAACGGCAGUGAUGGAUUUAUCUUUGGAGUCGAUGCUCUUGGAAGCUAUUGAUAAGCUCCGGAUACAGAUUUUGACUGCCAAGCAGAAACAUGGCGUGCCUAGAGCGGAGGUGGUUAACAAGAUCAGUAUGGAACUGGGUGCAAUAUUGGUGGAAGCGAACAAGACAACAAUUGCUUAA